UGAUUACAUUGGACACUGAUGUUUGUAAAAAAAAAAAUUCAAUGACUAAUAAUAUUUCAGUAAUUUAUAUUCCUUAUGACAACGUAUAACGAUAUAUAUACACUCUCAGUUUUUAAGAUCAACAUCACAUUUCAGUGACAGUUGCUGGACGGACUGACAAACUUUAUGGCUGUCAAAAUGCUGAAGAUUUCACAAUUUUGUGUCAUUAUACACUGAUACAUACAGGAAAUUAAUAAUGAUAAUAUUUUGACUGAAGAUAGAGUUUUAAUUUCGAAAGUUCUUGAUUUCAUGAGAUAGAUCGUAGUGACACUAGUUAAGAAAAAUGGCUGCGGUAACGGCAUCAAGACGGCAUCGGAUGUCACUCACUGAUGAUAAACUUCUUGAGGCCAUUGGUAUACAGGAAAUAACGGUGAAAGGGAAAAGUGAAGAAGAGGUUGAAGAAGAAUAUAAUGACAAGUUUUCUGGUAAAGCAACAAAAGGCCAAGAUAUAAAGUUCUUUAUACCAGAUAAAGAAUUUUUUACCCCGAUGGGGAAGUCGAAGAGAGGUGACUGGUUAGCAGAACACGAAGAAUCAGGACAGACUUACAAACAGUUUAUUACAGGUGAGUACCGGGGCCCAGACAAGAUUCAUCACACCAUUUAUCUUGCACCAGUGACAUUUAAAGAAGACGCAUUACCUGAGCAGGUCCUGCAACCUCUGAAAACUUUUGCAGAAAUAUUCUUCGGAAUGAAGGUUAACUGCAUGGAAGAGCGUAACUUAGUUGGUAAAGUGUCAGAUAGAUUUAAGAAUGAUAUCUUUCAAGUUAAAGCGAGUCAGAUCCUGGAUAGACUUGAUGAAAAAGUGCCAAAAGAUGCAUUCUGUGUAGCUGGGAUAACAAUGUGCGAUUUGUAUCCAAAAAAGGAAUGGAACUUUGUAUUUGGAUUAGCACGUUCACCUGGAUGUACAGGUGUAUACUCAUUGGCCAGAUACCUUUCAAAUUUUGGAGAAAGUACAUAUACACACAUAAAUUUAGACAGUGAUCCAAUACCUACAAUCUUAGUCAGGGCUUGCAAGACUAUGUGCCAUGAAAUGGGUCACAUGUUUGGACUGCGUCACUGUACUCACUUUCAUUGUCUCAUGAAUGGUUCCAAUCAUUUAAAGGAGUCUGAUUCCCAGCCCAGCUUCCUGUGUCCUAUCUGCUUGAGAAAGUUACAUCAUGUGUGUAAGUUUGAUAUCAUACAGCGCUACAAGGACAUGAAGGACUUUUGGUCAGAGCAGGGUUUGAAGUCGCAAGCAGACUGGUUGGAAAGGAGGUUAAAUAAACUGUUAUCUUGAGUUUUCCUGGAACAAAUUUGGGAACCAGUCUUAGAAUGCAACAUCACCAUUGGUUACUUUCAAGAUAGUGCUCAAAGGUUACAAGUCUGAUUAUAAAAUGUUGAGACUGGUUCCCAAACUCUACUUUAUAAACUGAGACACUUGUUUCUUUUGUGCAUCAGUUUGGAAACAGCAAGUUUUUUUCCUUUUUACUGCUUUUCAUGUUUCCUUAAUUGUGCAUUUAUGUUCCAUUAGCACAUCUGUCAUUGAAUUGAGAUUCAGAUAGCAAUUAUGGUUACGGAUGAAAGGGAUACCAAAGAAAAGUUACCGUUAUUGAAUUUACUCAAUAAUAAGAUCAGUGACUGUUAGUUCAUCUAUACUUUUUAGCCCACCCGAGUAUGAAGUGCUAAUGAUGACGUUUUAAACUUUGCUGGAUGUUAGUUGUCUGUCCAUAUUUUCUUAAAAGAAUAUCUCUUCCCUAACCACUGACCUAAUUUCAACCAGAUUUCACAGGAAUGUUCCUUGGCUAUCAACUUUCAGAAUCAUUCCUUCAGAUAUAUCUCAUCCUUGCAUGGCAACCAAAGAAAAAAACUCCUUUAAAAAAAACACUGCUUGCAUGAUUUUGAAAUAAUUUCACAGAAAUAUUCCUAGGGUGAUACCAAUUUCUUUAAAUUCAUUCUGUAUUUAGCUCACCUGUCACGUAGUGACAGGGUGAGGUUUUGUGGCUCUUCGUCCGUCGUCCGUCCACAAUUUCCUUGUGAACACGAUAUAGACCACAUUUUUAGCUCGACUAUUCGAAGAAUAGGGGAGCUAUCCUACUCGCCCCGGCGUCGGUGUGAGCGUUAGCGUGAGCGUGAGCGUCACACAAAUGUUAAAGUUUGCGUACCACCCAAAUAUUUUCAAAGUCCAUCGAGAUAUUGCUUUCAUAUUUUGUAUACUUGUUUACCAUCAGGACCCCAGUCUGUAAAAAGGAGGAGGCAACUCUAUCAAGCAUUUUGACUGAAUUAUGGCCCCUUUUCGACUUAGAAUAAAUGUUAAGGUUUGCGUACCACCCCAAAUAUUUUCAAAGUCCAUUGAGAUAUUGCUUUCAUAUUUUGCAUACUUGUUUACCAUCAUGACCCCAGUCUGUAAAAAGGGAGGAGGCAACUCUAUCAAGCAUUUUGACUGAAUUAUGGCCCCUUUUCGACUUAGAAUAAAUGUUAGUUUGCAUACCACCCAAAAUAUUUUCAAAGUCCAUUGAGAUAUUGCUUUCAUAUUUUGCAUACUUGUUCACCAUCAUGACCCCAGUCUGUAAAAAGGAGGAGGCAACUCUGUCAAGCAUUUUGGCUGAAUUAUGGCCCCUUUUCUACUUAGAAUAAAUGUUAAAGUUUGCAUACCACCCAAAAUAUUUUCAAAGUCUAUCGAGAUAUUGCUUUCAUAUUUUGCAUACUUGUUUACCAUCUGACCCCAGUUUGUAAAAAGGAGGAGGCAACUCUAUCGAGCAUUUUGACUGAAUUAUGGCCCCUUUUCGACUUAGAAUAAAUGUUAAAGUUUGCGUACUACCCCAAAUAUUUUCAAAGUCCAUUGAUAUAUUGCUUUCAUAUUUUGCAUACUUGUUUACCAUCAUGACCCCAGUCUGUAAAAAGGAGGCAACUCUAUCAAGCAUUUUGACUGAAUUAUGGCCCCUUUUCGACUUAGAAUAAAUGUUAAAGUUUGCAUACUACCCAAAAUAUUUUCAAAGUCCAUUGAGAUAUUGCUUUCAUAUUUUGCAUACUUGUUUACCAUCAUGACACCAGUCUGUAAAAAGGAGGAGGCAAAUCUAUCAAGCAUUUUGACUGACUAAAGUUUUACCAUUUGCUUAUAUUAUACUAUCAAGCACUGAGAAUAGUCGAGCGCGCUGUCCACUGACAGCUCUUGUUUGUUUUGUAUUUAAUUGUAUGACUCCAAAGUUUUUUAUGCUGAUUCAUUCGCAUAAUUUGAAAGUAUUUUAGCUAACAACCAUUUUUUUGUAUUAUGUUUUAUUUUUGGUUGCACCAGUCAUUUGUUUCAUAGUCAUUUUUCCAGACUUUGUAAAUUAGCACUUACAAAUAUCAGUAAACAAUUAGUUUCAUAUUUCAUUGUGGUGGACCAGGAAUUUUAAAUAGAUAAUAAUUGUGUCUCAGCAUCAUACCAUAUUUCAUCAUGUAUAAACUAUAUUGUUUAUACUAUCCUCAUUGUGCUAAUUUUAAGCUUUUCUCAGUAUUUGUGAUACAUUUUUCUGACCAAGAUGUUUCAAGUAAAUCAUGUAUAAUAUUUUCAGCAAGCCAGACAAUACUUUUCUUAGUGCUGAAAGAAACUUGUCUUACACCCCGGGGAGUGGGGUCAGAUGAGUAGCAUGCUGUAAUUUACGAAUGCAUGCAUAAAUUCAUAUGCUACUACAAUAAAAUAGUGCUUGUGAUUGUCCUGUGACCGUCGUCCGUCAUCAACAAUUUGACUGUUAACACUCUAGAGGUCACAUUAUGUAAAUGAAUAUACCUCCGCAUCAUCUAAUGAGAUUGGUUUUAAAUGUUAUUUAAGUCUUCCAGGGUAGUACAGAAAUGCAGCAUUUGAGCCUAGGACCCUCAAACUUGUUAUGGAGAUUGGCCCUGACUAGUACGUGAUCCAAAAAGGGACUGUUACAAGAAAAUAUUUUUCCUGAUGAUAUUUAAUGUGUAUGCCUAUGUGAUCUAUGUCAAAACUUGAUCUUAUCAUUAAGAACAAUGGUACUCAGGUGAGCAAUAUAGGGCCAUCAUGGCCCUCUUGUCUUGAACAAGAGAUCACAGAGUGAUCUUGGCGCCCACCAAUGUGCCAUUUUUGAGUGUUCCAAAUUUCAAGACUUAUUGACUACCUCAAGGUCAAAUUUCAUUUCCGUACACAACACUGUGCAUGUGGUCCAAAUUAGAAAGCUGUAGCUUGAGAAAUGUGAAAGUAGGUCACUAGGUCAAUGUCAAGGUCAAAGUUUGUUUCGGUACACAAUCCUAUGCAUGUGGUCUAAAUUUGAAGCCUGUAGCUACAGAAAUGUGAAAGUAUGUCACUAGGUCAAUCUUAAGGUCAAAGUUCAUUUUGGUACACAAAACUAUGCAAGUGGUCCAAAUUCGAAGGCUGUAGCUUAGCUUGAGAAAUGUACAAGUAGGUCACUAGGUCAAAAUCAAGGUCAAAUUCUAUUUCGGAAUACAAAACUAUGCAUGUGGUCCAAAUUUGAAGCCUGUACCUUAAAAAUGUGAAAGUAGGUCACUAGCUCAAUGUAAAGGUCAAAGUUCAUUUCGGUACAAAAAACUAUGCAAGUGGUCCAAAUUUGAAGGCUGUAGCUUGAGAAAUGUAAAAGUAGGUCACUAGGUCAAAAUCAUGGUCAAAUUCUAUUUCGGAAUACAAAACUAUGCAUGUGGUCCAAAUUUGAAGCCUGUACCUUAAAAAGGUGAAAGUAGGUCACUAGGUCAAUGUGAAGGUCAAAGUUUUUUUGGGUACACAAAACUAUGUAUGUGGUCCAAAUUUGAAGGCUGUAGCUUGAGAAAUGUGAAAGUAGGUCACUAGGUCAAAAUCAAUGUCAAAUUUCAUUUUGAAACACGGAACUAUGCAUAUGGUCCAAAUUUGACGCCUGUACCUUCAAAAAUGUGAAAGUAGGUCACUAGGUCAAAAUCAAGGUCAACGUUUUUUCCAGUGCAUAAAACUAUGCAUGUGGUCCAAAUUUGAAGGCUGUAGCUACAGAAAUGUGAAAGUAGGUCACUAGGUCAAAAUCAAGGUCAACUCAUGUCAAGGUUCAUCUUGCCACUCAAAAAUAUACAUGUGGUCCAAAUUUGAAGGCUGUAGCUACAGAAAUGUGAAAGUAGGUCACUAGGUCAAAAUCAAGAUCAACUCAUGUCAAGGUUCAUCUUGCCACUCAAAAAUAUACAUGUGGUCCAAAUUUGAAUGUUGUAGUUAUUGACAAGAACAUUUUAAAAAGCUUUUCCCUAUAUAAGUCUAUAUGAACCAUGUGACCCCCGGGGCGGGGCCAUUUUUGACCCUAGGGCGAUAAUUUGAACAAACUUGGCAGAGAACCACUAGAUGAUGCUACAUUACAAGUAUCAAAGCCUUAGGCUUUGUGGUUUGGACAAGAAGAUUUUCAAAGUUUUUCCUUAUGUAAGUCUAUGUAAACCAUAUGACCCCCAGGACGGGGCCAUAUUUGACCCUAGGAGUAUAAUAUGAACAAUCUUAGUUGAAGACCACUAGAUGAUGUCACAUACAAAAUAUCAAAGCCCUAGGCCCUGUGGUUUUGGACAAGGGGUUAUUCAAAGUUUUUCCCUAUAUAAGUCAUUAUAAACUAUGUGACCCCCAGGGCGGGGCCAUAUUUGACCCCAGAGAAAUAAUUUGAAUCCUCUUGGUAGAGGACCACUAGAUGAUGCUUCAAACCAAAUAUCAAAGCCCUAGGCUCUGUGGUUUUGGAUAAGAAGGUUUUCAAAGUUUUCCCUAUAUAAAUCUAUGUAAAAUAUAGAAAUAAACAAAGGGCCAUAACUCACUCAUAAAUUAUUGAACCAGUCUGAUUUUCUGGGGGACACAACUAGGGUACCAAUACAUCAUUCUGACAAAGUUUGGUCAAAAUCCCCCCAGUAGUUUCUGAGGAGAUGCGAUAACGAGAAAUUGUUAACGGACGGACGGAAUGACGGACGGACGGACCACGGACGCAGAGUGAUUUUAAUAGCCCGCCAUCUGUUGAUGGUGGGCUAAAAAUAUGGCCACCAGGGGGCAGGGCUAGUUUUCCUUUAAUAUAUGGCUGAUGGAAUAGUUGAGAAAAUCUCCUCAGAAAAUGCUGACUCAAUUUCAAAAGAUAACUUCCCUACCCUAGAUGGUUGAACUUACUUUUCAUUCAAUCUUUUGAAAACAUUUUUGUUGCCAGACAAGUUAGCUAUGUCAAUGGCCUUGAAUAGUUUUUGUCACAGGUCAUAUAUUGGACUUUUUCUAUACCAGUUUAUUUACCUAUUACAGGUAUUGUGAGUUGUUGUUGUAACAAAUGAAAACACACCUGUUAAGAGAUCAUUACUAACUUGAUAAUCGUAAUACAUAUACAUGUACAUUUAGUGCCAAUGUUCUUAUGCAUUUACUCUAAGCUGUAACACAGCAUAAACCAUGACACAGCAAGAGAUUAACUUUUUUUUUGUCUUUGCAAUACAACCAUUUACAUGCAGCUUGAUGUAUAGAAAAACAAAUUGCAUUUUAUUUUUUUGUCUGUUUAUUUUUUGUUUUUGUCAAUGUUUAUAUUAUAUUUUUUGAGGAAAAAAUGUUAUAUAAUCUUUUACAAUAAACAUGUACACAAUUUGA